GCGGGGAGCGCGAGCGGGAGCGGGAGCGGGAGCGGGAGGCCGGCGAGCGGCGAGGCGCCUGCGCGGUGUCCGGGCCCCUGAGCCCGCGGCGCUGGGACAGCCGGGACGGACAUGCGCGGGAGGGCGCCGUGGGGCCGCCGCGGCUUCGCUGGGGGAAUGGAAGUCACUGGUUGACCGCGCAUCCCUGGGCUUCACGCGUUUGAAGACCUCCCAGAAUAAGGCACAAUGUCCACGGCAGGCGUCGCUGCUCAGGAGAUCAGAGUCCCGUUGAAGACUGGGUUUCUGCAUGAUGGCCAAGCCCUAGGGCACCUGAAGGUCUGCUGGGGUGGCCGCAGUGAGUUUGAGAAAUGUCCAUCCUCUCCUUUCAGCGGCUUUUUACACAUCGACCCCAUAACCAUGGCCUACAGUCUGAACUCCACGGCGCAGGAGCACCUAACAUCCAUCGGGCGCGUUUCCAGGUCCGCGCCGCUGCACGGCAGCCACCUUGCAGAGCAUGGCCCCCACCUUGCAGAACACGGCCCCUCCCCCAAGUCCCGCCUGCCCCCCCUCAUCAUCCCCCCGAGCGAAGGCUGGGGGCAGCAGGAGGAGGACCGUGUGGCCUGUGGAUUGAAGAAGCUGGCGGUGAACGGGGUCUGCGCCUCCACGCCCCCGCUCACCCCCAUCAAGACGCCCCCGUCCUUCUUCCCCGGCGGCGUGGCUCCCUGCGAGCGCGGCUCCAGGCCCCUGCCGCCGCUGCCCAUCUCCGAGGACCUCUCCCUGGACGAGACGGACUGCGAGGUCGAGUUUCUGACCAGCUCAGACACGGACUUCCUUCUAGAAGACUGCGCGCUCUCCGACCUCAGACCCGACGGCCCCGGCAGGCGCAGCUUCCGAGGGUGCGGACAGAUCAACUACGCGUAUUUCGACACCCCGGCCGUCUCUGCCGCAGAUCUCAGCCAGGAGCCUGACCAGGCGGCCGGGGGGCCGAGCGCCAACCCCGCUCCGCCCCAGGCCCACCGGAGACUAAGGAGGUCUCAUUCGGGCCCCGCGGGGUCCUUCAACAAGCCGGCCAUUAGGAUCUCCAGCUACGUGCACAGGGCUUCUCCCAACUCCGACGACGACAAGCCCGAGGUGCCCCCUCGGGUCCCCAUCCCUCCCCGGCCGGCCAAGCCGGACUACAGACGGUGGUCGGCUGAAGUCACUUCCAGCACCUACAGCGACGAGGACAGGCCCCCCAAAGUCCCGCCGAGAGAGCCCUUGUCCCGGAGUAACUCCCGCACCCCGAGCCCCAAAAGUCUCCCGUCUUACCUCAAUGGGGUCAUGCCCCCCACGCAGAGCUUUGCCCCCGACCCCAAGUACGUAAGCAGCAAAGCCCUGCAGAGACAGCACAGUGAGGGGGCCACCAGUAAGGUCCCCUGUAUCCUGCCUAUCAUUGAAAACGGGAAGAAGGUGAGCUCGACGCACUAUUACCUGCUCCCCGAGAGGCCACCCUACCUGGACAAAUAUGAAAAGUUUUUUAGGGAAGCAGAAGAAACACACACGAGCACCCCCAUCCAGCCCCUCCCUGCCGACGGCAGUGUCGUUUUGGCCCCAGAAAAGCUGGACUCGAGACCAAGAGUGGAUCUGGGAGGCCACGCAAAGCGCAAACAUUUUUCCUACGUGGUUUCUCCUUAGACCCUGGGGUCCAGGCUCAGUGGAGAUGCCAUGGGAGCCAGCAGUUCUGCAGUUCUCCCUCUGCAUCUCGGUUCACAGGUAAACGGUGCAGAUCGCAGGGGUCAGAGAGUCGAACUCUCCGUCUUAAAGAGAAGGGUUUAGAGGGCUGUGAGGUGCUGUCGUGCUAGCGUCAGAGAAGUCUGCUCAAGUCUGAUUUAAAGAUGUGAUGCAGGGAGAAAGUCUGGGGACACUUGUGUAUGUGCGCACAUUGUACACCUGUAUCUACACCUUGGUAGAAUCAUAGACCCUAGUUGCAAGUUAACCAGGUAGUUACUGUCUUAGAGUAAUAUAUGUUUAGAAUGAUAAAAACUCAAGCUGGAGGAUGCUCCUGACAGACUGAAAAUUGAACAAAUGGAAGAGAAUGCAGUAUUGUUUAGAUCAAAACCAAGAAAAAAAAAGGCUAUUUUUGCUUACUAAGUUUGAAGAUUUCUGGCUCUGAGGCCUGUUCUAUUUUUGUUUCAUUUAUUUUUGCAAGCAGUUUUUCCACAGAGGGCAGGCCACUCGUUCUUUCCGUGACUCAGCCUGCUUCAUUUAAAUCAUCACAGGACCUAGAUCCUUUAGGUCUGGCUGUCUGUUCUGUCGAGGGGAGGGAUGGCCGCAUAUUUGGUACCGUAUUUUCACCGGUCCAUGUCUCACAUCUUGAAAAAUGGAAGGAAGGUAACAGAAGUAGUCAGUCAUUUUUCCCUACCAUUCCUGCUCUCUUCCACCCACCCCCCGGAAAUGCAGGACGCUUGUGGGAGAGCAAACUAAAGUCUUCACCAGUGCUGAGGACAUCAGAUGAAGCAGUAAUGAAACAUUUAGCAGUGUGGUUGAGAGGAGCUGUGUGGGGACGUGUGUUGUGGUUUGUGUUUUGUUUUAUUUUGUUUUUUGUCUUGGGUUUUUCUCCUCCCCCUUUUUUAGACUGUAUAAAUAAACAAAUACAACACAAGCUGGCCUUGUGUUGCUGGUUCCUCUUCAGUAUUUCCUGGGGAUUGUUUGCUUUUUAAGUAAAACACUUCUGACCAACAGCCCAGUAUGUCUUAAGAGCAGAGGUCGCAUCAGCGUCUGCCUCGGAAACCCUCAAGGCUGGCUGCUCCGCUCGGAUUUGGUGAGACACAGAGCUCGCAUUCCCAUUUUCACAGGCUUCGCUGUAUUUAUCUUGUGUAGAGCCGCACAAAGGAGAUGGUGCUCAGUAACAGAAGUACCUUACUACAACGUUCUUCACGUUAAACAAGCUGUUUACAGUUUAAACUGCUGAGUGAUGUUAUUUGAGCUAUUUAAAGCUUAUAUUUUAGUAUGAACUAAAUGAAGGUUAAAACAUGCUUUAGAAAAAAUGCACUGAUGUCUGCAUUUCUGUGUACAGUAUUGGACAAAGGAUUUUAUUCAUUUUUGUUGCAUUAUUUUGAAUAUUGUCUUUUCAUUUUAAUAAAGUUAUAAUACUUAUUUAUGA